UUGUAUAAAAAACACACCCUCCCCCUCCCUCACUCCCUCCUUCCUCCCUUCCAAGAACUUGGAAGCAGAGCAAGAGAAUGGAGAGGAAGAGGGUGGGCAUUGUUGGUGCUGGUGUGAGCGGCCUAGCAGCCUGCAAGCAUACACUCGACAAGGGGUUUAGCCCGGUGGUGUUCGAGGCUGAUGGAAGCAUCGGUGGAGUGUGGGCGCAUACCUUGGAGUCAACAAGGCUUCAGGCGCCAACAACAGCGUUUCGGUUCUCGGACUUGGCAUGGCCAGUGAGCGUGACGGAGACAUACCCAAGCCACCGCAAGGUCAUGGAGUAUAUAAGGUCAUAUGCGUGUAAAUUUGACCUCCUAAAGUACAUCAAGUUCAAUAGCCAGGUGCUCGGUGUUGAAUACCUUGGUGCAACUGAGGAAGAGAUAAUGAGCUGGGAGCAAUGGUCUGGCAAUGGGAGGGCAUUUGGAACAGGGAAGGAUGGAGGGUGGCGCCUCACAGUGCAAGACUUGAAAGUCGGUAGCACUGAGGUUUUUCUAGUGGAUUUUCUCAUCCUGUGCAUUGGAAGGCAUAGUGGGACCCCAAAUAUUCCAGAAUUUCCGGCAAAUGGGCCUGAGUUGUUCAAGGGGAAAAUAUUGCACUCACUGGACUACUCUUACAUGGAUAAUGUGGCACAAUUUGUUAAGGGGAAGCACGUGACAAUAGUUGGCUCUGGAAAAUCAGCAUUUGACAUUGCUGUAGAGGUUGCCAAGUUGAAUGGUGCAGCUCAGCCAUGCACAAUCAUAUAUAGAACAAAGCAUUGGCUGGUCCACAAGUCUAGCAUAUGGGGACUUGACCUCAGUUACUUCUAUCUAAAUCGCAUCUCGCAGAUACUAGUUCACAAACCUGGUGAAGGAUUUCUACGCUAUAUUUUGGCCACUGCACUCUCUCCCUUGAGAUGGGCGAUUUCAAAAGUAAUUGAAACUUACUUCAAGUGGAGCAUUCCUUUACAAAAGCAUGGGAUGGUACCUGAUUAUAGCUUCUCCUUUGCUAUGUCGUCAUGCUUGAUUGCAAUGUUACCAGAAGGGUUUUAUGACAGGGUUGACGAAGGCAGCAUUAUUCUCAAGAAAUCGAAGACAUUCAACUUUUCUAAUGAUGGAAUCAUCCUGCACGAUGGAAAUGAAUGCAUAAAAAGUGAUAUUGUAAUUUUAGCAACAGGAUUUAGAGGAGAUCAGAAACUCAGGGGAAUCUUCACAACAAAUUGGUGUAGAAAGAUAGUGACAGGAUCACCGGAUACAGCAGUUCCUCUAUACAGAGAAUGCAUCCAUCCCCGGAUACCUAAGUUGGCAAUAGUUGGGUACUCGGAGAGCCUUACAAACAUAUAUGCCUCAGAGAGGAUGGCCAAUUGGGUAGCCCAUUUCCUGGCUGGCGGCUUCCAAUUGCCAAGCAUAAGAUGCAUGGAAAAGAGUGUAGCAGAAUGGGCGAAGUACAAGAAUCUAUACAACGGGAAGUAUUUUCGCAGGUCCUGUAUAAGCACCAUUAACAUAUGGUUUAAUGAUCUGUUGUGCCAAGACAUAGGAUGCAACCCUAAAAGGAAGAAAGGAUUCCUAGCUGAAUGGUUCCAGCCAUAUGGACCUGCUGAUUACGCAGGUCUUUACUGAAGAUAGUUGCAUCUUUCUCAGUGCAUAUUCAUAGGAAAAGAUGACGACAAGAGUUACUACCUCCAUGGCUCUACAGACGAUUUUAGAAAGGCUUUAUCUUUGAAAAAUUACUGUUACUAUCCCCACAGGGAAAUAGUUCUACCGUUUUCUGCAUACAGUUUCAAUUUCAGGCAGGAGGAGAGAUAAUGAACAAUCAUCAGCUGUGUGAAACCUACAAGCAAAAUUUGUCAGAUGUAUGAACUGUAAGGUCUGAACCUACCAGAUCUAUCUAAAAUAAUUCUACAAUGUUCUAUUUACA